CCGCUUCGGGCCGCGGUGGGAGCAGUGGCCUCUGCCUAGACCCAACGUCAUCGCGGCCCCGGAUGCCUCGUCUCCCCCGCCGCCUCUGCCGCUUUGCACCAAUCACAUCUUCCCUCGAGGCCACCAUUCACACCUCAUCUACAUCCUCUUCUUCGCAUCCUCAUCCUCAUCCAUAUCCCCCUUCAUCCCUGACUGACAAGCGGCACACAAGUACAUACCCACCGCGCGUCCCUCACAACCCCACCCUCUUUCACCGCCCACCAUGGCUUCUGGCGCGGCAUCCUUCAUGCCCGCCUCCAUCUCCUCCGCCAUGACCCGUCCCCACGCCUCGACCGAUUCUCGUCUCCUACAGAAUCUCAUCAAGUCGGAGAAGACUUAUCAGAACCAUCUCGCCUCUGUAGUACAGUCUUCUGGCACUGCCGCCGCGGCACUCAAGGCAUGGGGCACCAGCGAGGCAAGGGAUGUAGCACAGACGAGUUCCCAGCUUGCGGAUCUCUUGCACGACGUCGCUGAUGCCCAGAACAACUACCUCGAGGCAAUCAAGGGCUACAGAGAAGCUCUCAAGGACGUCGCCGACCGGGAAGCUAGCAUCAGGACCAUUGUCAAGGACCGAGACAUCCUGGUCUCACGGCUAAUCAAGGCCUCAAAGAAGAAUGGUGACGUGCCCCACGCCCAGCGAGAGCUUACGGCAUGUGAAGAAGUUCUGGAGGAAGAAGAGAGGGCGCUGAUCGGUGUGAAGCGUCGCACGUUCAAGGAAGCGCUGAGCAUGAGGAUGAAGCUCAUGGGUGACGCAGGAAACCGGAUGAUCGAGUGCGCCAAGGAGGCGAUUCUGCUUCUGGACGAGUUUGACCAGCACGCUGGAGACGAGAGGAUGUCCACUGGUCAGCGCGAAGCAGUGGACUCGUAUGGUCAAAGCUAUUACGCCACAGAUUACCCUGGACAGGGAGACCAUACUCAGAUGGACCAACAGCAACAAUGGGGCCAAGAAGGAGUGGCAGAUGACCUCUAUUAUCAAGAUCAGCAGUACCAAGGUGAACAGUAUCAAGGCGAGCAAUACCAAGGCGAACAGGACAUGUCUCGAUACCACAGUCACGAGGUUGCUUCUGUGACGCCCUCGCAGUCUGCCUCACAAACCGCAAGAGGUAUGGGCACAACAUACGGCAGUACGGCCAACAACAACGGCUACACCCGACCCCAAUUUGCAGGUGGUGCCCCUCCUGAAGUCGAGGAGCGAGCCGACUCUGAUGCCAGCAGCGUGGCUGACCCUAGGGAGGAGUCCAACCAGCAGGCACAUUACAAUCGUGGUGGCGGGUACGCCGACCGUGCCUCGGCUGCACACGGCCAGAAUGCAAUGCCGGUACCUGAGCAGCCUGUCGAGGCCCAGCACACGGACUUCUAUGGCGACAACAGCAAUCAGCAACCUCAAUCACAGAUGUACUCUGCCACUGCCCCAUCAUUCAAUUACGAUGGACCUCAGAUGGCGCCUGUGCCACAAGCUCCUCGUAUGUACCAACGGGGCGUGGAAGCCUCCACAGAUGAUGGUCAGGUUCGUGGAAAUGCCGGAUGGGGAUCUAGCCGGCCAAGCGCUCGCAACAACGACGAUGGCAACAGUUCCGAUGACGGUGGCGGAGGCCGACAAACUGGAGGACGGGGUGGUCCCAGUCGACCCAAAGCCCAGAAGCGCAACUCCUUCUUCGGCAAGUUCAAGGGCCUCUUCAAGGCUGAUCUCGGCGACAAUGAGGCCAAGUCGCCCACCAAGAGCCGUCAUAGCCGCAACGAGUCGUAUGAUCGCAACUCGAGCGUCGGUGGAUGGAACACGCGUACCGACACCAACAUUUCGUCCACGCGCAAGAGUGCCUCCAAAGCCAAUGGCACCUAUCAAGCUCCGCACCAGAACCUGAUGAAGCCGUUGAACCAAGGCGGCGACGAUAGUGGUUCUGACGACGAUGACAACAGACCCGACCUUGUUCGGGUUGUCAACCCUAACAUCGCUGGAAAGAAGGCCUCUAGUGAUGUUGGCAAGACACUUCGUCGUACACCCAGCGAAAUCUCGCGCAUCACUGCUGGUCCUAAGAGCGUCAAGCAACAGCGAGAGGAGGAGGCCCGCAAGCAAGCUGAUGCUGAGCGCCAAGCCAGAGAAGCCGUAAUGGGUGCUGGCAUCGGAAGCAGGCCCACGGUGCAGCGGGCAGACACGAUCACUAGUACUGCCUCGAAGCCCAAGAAGAAGAAAAAGGCGACCAGGAGCAUUGCUGGCAGCGAGAUCGGUACCUCUGCCACCAGACAGGCGCCUAGCGCCUCUGCUCGUCCCUCUUCGACCGUUGGCUCCGCCGUCGGCACUGCAGGUCGCCCUGGACCGGGAAGCUACGUCGUCUCGGGCGAUCUGUCCUCUGGCUCUCGCGGACUAGCCACUCUGGUCCUGCCUAGCGACAUUGGCAAGCCAGACAGACCCUACCCUUCCAUCAUGCCUCCCACUGGUCUCAGCCGAUCCAAUUCGACUGCUACAGCUGCCACUGGAAGGGCAUCGAGCAUUGGCGGCGGUACUACCGCUACCAAGAAGAAGAAGAAGCGCCAGUCUGCCGUCAGCGACGGAAUGGGAACUGGCCUGACCGCUAUGAGCCCCACAGACAGCGGCAAGUGGACGACCAACAAUUGGGUGCAGUCUCCCCACGGUGGUUCCUCGAACGGUAUCGCAGGCCAAGCCGUAGCUGGCGCCGGACUGGUGCCUUAUACUCCCGCCUCGCCCGAGGAAAUCGCCCAAAAGUACGCCAACAAUGCUCUGACUGGCUCGCAGAUUCAGCGUCCUGGCAGCGCGCAGUCUGGCGCGCCUUUGAGGAGCGCUAUGAAGGGACACAACGAGCACUCAGCGGCGGCCUCCUCUUCGAAGCAGCAGCAGACCGCCACGCCGGCCAGUAUUGCACCCAAGCCGCUUGAAGCCCCACCAGCUGUCGAAGUGCCGCCAGUCCAAACUCAGAUCGAAGAAGCCAACAACAACCUCGGCCCAUCGAUCUCUGCGCCUCCUCCCGUUAGCGCAGUCAUCGCAGAGAGCACUCAACAGGCGCCAGCAGAGGAGUCUCAAGAACCCCCCUCUGCCUCGGGUGAUGUGCAGGACGAGUACGAGGAGGAAGCGCCGGUGAGAAGAUCCUCUCCCAAGCUUGGAGAAGACAAGACCUUCGACGGGACUGGCCGACUUGAUCUCGGCAGGCAGGGUAGCCCUCUUCCCGACUCGCCAGAGCAGUCAAGAGCUCCUCUUCCGGCAGCUCAGAAGCCCACGGUCCCUCAUCUGGACAUGCCGACGUCUGAGCCCUUCAAGUUCGACGUGCCUGGAAUGCAACAGCGUCCCUCUCAGUCUGGCGACGAGGGAGAUAUCCUCACCCCUGGUGAGCGCUCUGCCUACGAGCGACUUCUCGGUAGUGACGGUAUGAGGACUCCAAGCGGUGCUGCUCCAGCUCUGUCUGGUCUAGGCAUGCAGAGCUUUGGACGACCAGGUGGGCCCAAGAGGCCGGCGCCUGUUCCUGGCUCUGCCCCCGCUGCUCCUGUCGCUGUGGCUCCCGAGCCUCAGCGUCCCGCGCAACAGCAGCCUGUGUCAUCUUCGGCCCAGGAUGAGGAGCCUUCUACGGCUUCAACUGCCUACUUCCCUGAAGAUUCCCUCCGCCCUAGCCUGAACCCCAUGGCUGGAAGACUUUCGACGGAUGAGCCAUCGCGAACGUACUCCAACACGUCCACUGUGCGAGGUGCCACCACUCCGGUGCCUCAAGCUUCUCGGGCAGCGCCAGCGGAGUCGGCGUCUACAAAGCCUGCCGCUAGCACUCACCUGCUCCCUCCCUCUAACAAUGCGACCUCAGACGUCUCUGCGACUCCGAGUCGUCGUAAGAGUGUGAGGAUGGCUCCGGACACGAAGCUCCCGCCUGACACGCCCGUGAUGGAGCGUGACCCAGGUCUGGUGAGCGACGGCUUUGGCGGCUUCACCUCUGCCCCCGCUGCGCAGUCCGCCCCGCCUGCGCCAGUGAUGCACACGGUGACUGCCCCCGGAUCUGCUCUGGCUCCCAGUGGCAAUGCACCUCUUGCGCCAACGACGGCUGCUGAGCUGCCGCCCCUCUCGAGCAAGAUCGCUCCCCCGCCCUCUGCCCCACCUCGUCUGCCCACAAAGGACAACCAUGCCUCUCCUCCCGAGCGAGAGCGUGAACGUUCGUCGGGGUGGACCACUCGCGUAGACCGCCGACUGGGCGGUAACGACGACUCUUCCGACGAAGAAGGAGGUCGUGGUGCUGGUGGUGCGGGAGAGGAUGCGUAUGCCAGUGCGCGAAGGGCAAUGGGUGCUGCUUCGAAGCGGUGGAAAGACACGGUUUCGCCUUCGAAGAAGAAGUCUUCGGGAGGUGAGGGAGGCAAGAGUGGAAGCACAAAGAAGAGCAAGGUGAACUCGAGUGGGUAUAAUGCGGCGAUUCCUCUGCCCAAGGGUAUGGAGGUGGUGGGAAGGCAGAAGGCUAGCGAGUAGGUUGGGACUGGUCGUAUGUGCAUGGGUCUAUUGUUUUAUUUUUCGUCUAGCCCAGCUGACUUGGUCCAGUGCUAGCGCAUGAGCUCAGUCGUGGUUUCUCUGCACAUUCUGGUCCAUUGUAUCUAUCACCCCUGGAUUCUGUUGCCAUGAAUGCCAAGUGAGCAAGCAAGUGUCCAAC